AUUCUACUUUCAUACCAAUACAGCUGUAAGAGGAAAACAUUUGAGCAAGGAAUUUUGGAAAGUUUACUUGACAAUGACAACUCAACAACCUACUAUAGUGAACUCCGCCCUUCGAACAAAACGUCUGCGAAUUAUUUCCAAACUUGGCAACGUUCUAAUUAUCGCUGGUGUUCUAACGUUUGGUUUCAGCGUUAGUAUGUACGGUGCACUACGGAUAAAGGAUGUUCCAAUAAAUCAACACCAUACUUCACUUAUUGCGUCGUUCUGGAUCAUUGCUACUGGAAUAUUGGCUGUGUGUACUCGUCCCAAAUCACAAGGGCAAGGAUUAGUCGGGACGUUUAAUGCUUUCGCAAUUACAUCAAUUAUUUUAGCUUUCUUGGCUUUUGGCACAUCAGUAGCUGGAGUUGUAAUGUAUGCUAAAUGUGGCCGUCGUAGUCCAAAAAAUUGCCGGAAGAGUCCUGAUUAUGGAAACGUUGUAUAUGCAUUGCUUUUAGCACUACACCUGUUGGAGAUGGCUAUUUCAAUUGCAGCCACAGUGUAUGGUUUUAAAGUUUAUAACUGCUGCAGCCAUAGAUCAGGACAAGAAUCAAAUUCUCAGAUGUUUCAAGCAACAUCACGAGAUACAGUUUUCCAAAACACAAUGGCUCCGCAACCGCAGCAAAACCAAACGCUGGUUACAAGCACCUCGGGUGAGCAAUUUAUUUUGACACCUGUCAGAUCAAUGUCGCAAAGACCUCCAAUUGGCCCACCAGUUCCAGGAACCACCGAAAACGGCUACGCUGCAUUACAAUAUUCCUACAAUAAUUUUUGAUUGAAUAAUGCACGGAAAUAAAGAUAAUGGCAUUGUCUAUUGUAAAGUUGGUUUGAAGAUAUGGAUCAAAAACUAACACUUUAAUAAUAAAACAUAGUAAUCACUUACAUUAUUCACUGGAAAUAAAAUACAUUCUUUCGCAAUGGGGUUUGAAAACUUAUGAUGGACUUGUAAACUAAGUACGCCAUACUGCAACCAUCAAGGAGGUUUGGUAAUAACAAAUCAGAAUUACGAUCACGGGGUCAUAUUCCAAAUGGCGUAAUAAAAUAAUAGUAUUAAUCAUUUAAUUUAUUUAUUUAAUUGAGUUAGCAAAUUAAGAUAAAUGAAUUAAUUAUUUCAAUCCGUAAUGAGGUUUCUAAAAAAUUGCUAAGAAAUAUCAGUAACACUUUUAAUAAGAUAGACAGUACACGGCGUCGAAACACCGGGUUAAGCUACAAGUAAUUAUGUGAUCCUGGGGUAAACUUGGUGGAGCGCUUAAUAAGAGCAGCAAGCUGUGGCACACAUCCAGGUAGAGCGUUGUAACUAUACAUAUGCAGUAUGUCGUUAGUCGAAUGAAGCGCACAGUGCAACCCGUUGUUACCCUGUCAUACUUUAUUAAAUAAGUUUCCGUGAAAGUUAUAAAAUUAAUGGCAUCACCUGAGGAAGUGCUUAUUAUAGGUAAACCGUAUCCCAUAUCCGCAUAGUGAUAAUAUCCAUUUCCCCAAAAAACUGUAUCCCGUUGUUAACACUACGGUAAGCGCUAAGUAAAGGUAUACCGUGUCACACAUCUGUAUACCGUAAAUGAUCGAUUAAGCCUCCACUCCCGAAUAAGCCUCAAAACUAUAACUAUAUAUAUAACUACAAAACUACCAAAAAAUGUAACCUACUUCCCAUUUAUGUAAAGACACAGGAAACAAUCACUCAACAAUUUUCAUUAUGCUCAAUUUCCACUACAUCAAAGAUGGUGAUGAUUUGAUUGUU